GAUUCCUAUGUAACUGUGAUUGAUCAUAGAAGAUUUUCUGCAUUAUAUCAUUCUUUUUACUUACUUUUUCUUUAUAUAAUUAACUGUGAGAGAAGUUAAAGCUAUUUUUAACAUGAACAUGGACAUGGAAGUAGAUGGGGAAGUGCGAAGGCACAAUAGCUUUACUAGCCCAAAUAUCUCACAUGCGGCUGUUGCAAGGAGAUUAGGGAGAGAACGAUGUCGAAGUUUUCACGCGCAAACACCUGAGGCUGAAAAAAAUCUAGUUCGAAAAAGUGCACCUAAGAAAAUUGUGCCUAAAAUGUCGUUUAGAGUGGUGCGUAGUUCUAAAUUUCGCCAUGUGUACGGGCAAGCCCUCAAGCGGGAGCAGUGUUACGAUAAUAUUAGGGUGUCGAAGAGUUCAUGGGACUCUACGUUCUGCGCCGUCAACCCCAAGUUUCUGGCCAUCAUCGUGGAGUCCGCGGGAGGCGGUGCCUUCAUCGUGCUACCCCACAACAAGGUCGGCCGUAUCCCAGCAGACCACCCACUGGUCGGAGGUCACAAAGGCCCAGUAUUGGACAUCGCCUGGUGUCCCCACAACGACAAUGUCAUAGCUAGUGGCUCUGAAGAUUGCGUCGUCAAGGUGUGGCAAAUUCCCGAUGGCGGCCUAUCGCGGACGCUGACGGAGCCAGUGGUAGACUUGGUGUUUCACCAGAGGCGAGUGGGUCUUGUUCUGUGGCACCCCACAGCGCAGAACGUUCUGUUAACUGCUGGCUCUGACAAUCAGAUCGCGAUAUGGAACGUGGGUACUGGCGAAGUUUUAAUUACGCUGGAUUGCCAUCCGGACCUGAUCUACUCGGCGUGUUGGAACUGGACCGGCAGCAAACUGCUCACCACGUGUCGAGACAAGAAAAUACGCAUCAUCGAUCCUCGUAAGGGCGAGGUGGAGGCGGAAGCCAUAGCGCAUGAAGGCAGCAAGGCCUCGCGCGCCAUCUUCCUCAAACAUGGACUGGUCUUUACUACCGGUUUCAGCCGCAUGUCGGAGCGGCAGUACUCGCUGCGCACGCCGGACGCGCUGGGCGAGCCCAUCGUGACGGUGGAGAUCGACACCAGCAACGGCGUCAUGUUCCCGCUCUACGACCCCGACACCAACCUCGUGUACCUGUGCGGCAAGGGCGACUCGGUCAUUCGCUACUUCGAGGUAACGCCGGAACCGCCGUUCGUGCACUACAUCAACACCUUCCAAACGCCAGACCCGCAGAGAGGUAUCGGCAUGAUGCCUAAGCGAGGUUGCGAUGUUGCUACUUGUGAAAUUGCCAAAUUCUACAGGCUCAAUAACUCUGGCCUGUGUCAGGUGGUGUCCAUGACCGUGCCGCGCAAGUCGGAGCUUUUCCAAGAGGACCUGUACCCCGACACGCUCAGCGACGAGGCCUCGCUCACGGCCGACGACUGGGCCGGCGGCGAGGACGCCGAGCCCUGCACCAUGUCGCUCAAGGAGCGCGCUCUUGUCGUGCAGGGCGGCUACGUGUCGGGCCGCGCCGCCACGCAGCUGCACGUCACCAAGAAGGCCAACGCCCUCGCGGGCGCCAAGGAGCGCGAGCGCGACAAGGACAGCUCCCCGACGCCCGCGCACAAGAGGGACGACAGUCAGUGCGUCACGCCGGCCAGCGCCACGCCUCCGCCCGCUGUUACUGCCGUCAUUGAGAAACAGCUCUCCGACCUAAUGGACGAGAUCCGAAAACUGAAAUCCGUGAUAGUGAAACAAGAGAACCGUAUUAGAGCGCUCGAGGCCACCGUGAAGGCGCCGCCCUCCCCGCAGCCCUCGCCGCAGCCCUCCCCGCAGCCCAACCACACCGACAACAUGGCGCCCGACGAGGUGUGAGCGCGGCUGACGGACAAACGAGGUCUGGUAGAAAAGGUGUCGCUGGCUAAACAUGUUUCAUUGCUGUACAACAGGGAGCUAAGAUAACUGGAGACUUUUGUUAUCUGUAAUUUUGUAUAAAUAAUGUUUUAAAAAAAUUGACGAAUUAGUUCAGAUUUUUAGGACGAUGUAAAAUUGGAUCAGCGAUGCCCUGUCCGGUACAGGCUUUGCUUUUAUCGUAUAUUUACCAAAUGUCAGUGACAUCUCGCGGACUUCGGUAAUAAGUUUGAUAUCUGAUUUUUUGAAGUAACGUUUUUUAUAUUACUAAAAUUAUAUUUGACAUUGUUUCGAUAACUAAAGAAAUACGAGGACGGUAUUUUUGGUGUUUGGUUUGGAAGCAAUGCCAAGCGUCGGUGGAAACGUCUCAUACCUGACCGUCGUCCUGAAGACAAUACAAUGUUGUUGUGUUAAAAUUAGACAUUUAUGUCGUGAAAUAUGAUUAAUAAUUGUCUCUGUAUUUUUUUAUGAAAGUUUAAAUAAAUAAUGUAUUUUUUCAUUGGACGACAGGUAUGUGAUGCUACUCCAAAAUGCAAUAGAGUUACUAGAGUAGGUUACGUAUUUAAAUAAUUUUACAAUUCAGGAUCGGUAUGAGUUAACUUUGAUAAGUUGAUUUUCCUUUGAUAAAUAUCAACUAAUACAUUACACAUAUACACAUUUUUAAUAAUUCAUAUUGAUAAAUAAUACAGCGAAUUACUGACAUAAACAUAUUGUUUUGCCUAAACUUCUCAAAUAAUGUUUUAGAUUCCGUUUUUGGCUUUAUGAAAUUAUUUUUAUACUUAACCGAAGCGAGUAUAUUUUAUUUAUUAAUAAAAUUGUAAAUAUUAAGGUUAGCGAGUGAUACGCAAUAAUGUGCCUUAUUUACACUAUACAAAGUAGCCAUUUUGACGACGUCACAAAAAUUGAAAAAGAACAAAUUGGUGAUGAUUUUUUUGCAUUUAGUGUUCCGUAGGUUUUACAAUUCGCCACCUUUGGCGAUAAGGCACUUCUAAAAAAUCUAUAUUUUCCAAAAGUUAAACUUUUCAAAUGUUUCAACUGAUAAACAUAUCUUAUUGUCCUAUCUAGGGUUCUUAUGAUAUCUUUAUUUAACGUUUUAGUAUCAUUCACAUGUAUUUAGUUUUAUAAUAAUGUCGACAUUGCAUUAUGGAUUUUAAAUACUAGGUGUAAGGCUGUUUUUGCUUAACUUAGGCCUUGACAAAGUCUUAUGAAUCUUAUGAUAUGUUUUGAUAUAUUUUUGUAACUGUAUUUUGGACAGAAGUCUGAGAUAUAAUAAAAAAAACUUAUAUGCUUAUAAAUUUCCUUUGUUACUUUGAUCAAAUUGCAAUGUCGUCAAAAUCAGAAAUUGUCAAAGUAUUUGAAAUAAUUAGUUUAUUUAUUCGAUUUGUAUGCAAUUGCGUUUACUAUGAUUAGUCGUAACGUAUGGUAUGGUGACUUAUAAUUUUAAAAUUUAAGUAUAGAUAACACCGACAAAAGAUUAUACUAUUAUGUAAAUUUAUUCAUGCAAGAAAUCACAGGUCACAUUUAAAUUUGAACUGCAUUGUAGUAAAGUAAAACAUACUAAACUAUUUGGUUUUUUAGACCAAUUUCAAUUUAUUAAUUUCAUAUUAUAUUGUACAAUAAUGUAAGUAUGUGUUCUUUCUUAUUUUAUUAAGUGUCUACUCAUUUCGGAUAUAUUUUUUAUUUCAUUAAUUUAUAAGUCAUCAUACCCCGCGUCUGUCGGUAUUUAAUGUUAAAGAGUCCAGUAACUCGGUGCUUAUAUUCUAAACCCUACUGCUAAGGCGUUACGCUUCUAAUUUGCUGGCUCAAUGCAUUAUUAAUUGUACUAGUACUGUAUGUUAAUAAUACUCUUAUAAAUUUAAACUAUACAAAAAGGUCGGCAACACUCAAAAGAGCCAAAAGAUUGUCAAUGGUAUGUAACUCAUUUGAUUGACAGUUUAAAUAUAAAAAAAUACUUUGAACAAAAAUAUUUUCUAAGAGUAUUGUUAACUUGUUAUUCUAUUAUAAUACUAUUAUUCUUAUAAAUAUUCUAAGUUUGCUGUUUGUUUUAAUAACACUCUUAUUCUGGCGUCCGCCGUUUUUACUAGUUUGACAGUUAUAAUCAGUAAUUUUUAUUGUGAUUUUGACAGUACUGAACCACUCUUGUUAACAUAAGGUGUAUUAUGAUUUAACAAUGAUACCGAUAGUUGAUUCGUACUGGAUUGGUUCUGAUAAGCUAAGAAUUCUCAUCUAUUAAAUAAGUGCAAACGUAGACUAAGGAAGGGAAUACUAAAUCGACUUUAGUAAUGAAACAUAUAGCUUGUUGAGAGGUAAAUUGAUAGCGUUUUAUGGCGUCAUACGUAUUUUGGUGACUGUGGAUUGUCAAACGAUAAACUAGUUGCUACAUGAUGUAAGGGGCCGUACAGCGCCAUCUACAUCGACUAUAUGAAUUCCAUCUAAAUAUUUAUUCCUAUGUUUAUUAUCUUAAUGUCUUCCUAUCUUUAAUAGUUAUUACAACAUUAAAAUUAUGGUCGUAUGUAUUCAGACUAGGGUACACAUUUUUACAAAAUAAAAUAAGUAUCCUAGAGAUCUCUUUCAGAAAUACUAACCAAUCCAGCACAAUCAUGAAUCACUCCAAUGAUAUCUAACAGUUCUUAUUGACAGCUAGUCAUGUCAUAAGCAACUGUCAUCUGACAGGUCCUGUCACUCGGCAGUAAGUAUUAUAGCGAAAUAGUAUUAUGAGGAUUUUCUUUUUUUUUCUAUUAAUUUAAGAUGGCGUAUAUUUUAGGAUUUAGAAGAUCAUGACAAGGCAAUGUAUGUGUUUUUUAAUUUGUAUGAUGCUUGUUUUUUAAUUUGAUGAUUUGUGUAAAUUAUUUCAUCUUAGUAUGGAGCUUUGUAUUUAUUGAAUUUUAUUUUGAUUAUUAACUGAUGUUUACUGUAAUUGUGAUGCAACUCUGGGAACUAUUGGUUUUUUCUUUAAAGAAAGAGACGGAGAUAGGAUAAUACACGCCAAUUUGUUUUUGAAGUCUUUAUAAAUACAAGUUAGCUAUACUUUACACCACGAAAUCGUGAAAAAGUUGUCUGUUGAAACACGGCGGCCGGUUAAAUAUUGAUGUCGAUCUUUAAUUAAGACAGCAAUAUUUUUCCCGAUUUCGGGUAACUUCCCAUAAUAAAAGUUGUUCAACAAAAUUUUAAAAUUCACUUCUCAGUGUAUGGCUAAAGUUAAAAACAAAACUUUGUAUAAACUGCUAUUUGCGUAACAUUGAAACUUUUUCCGUCUCAAAUAGAAUUACCAUUUAAACCUUUCACUAUUUCUAAAAAGUAUAAAACACCAAAAUACAUUGCAAAAAACACCAAAUUCGCAAAACGGGGAAAUGAGUUGCGUCGCUUUAGGAUAAUAACGUGUACAUUUGCCGCUGUUGACAUUUAAGUAAGUGGAGGGCCGAGCGAUAAGGGACCACCAUCGGUCUUUAACAUGUUAUAUGAACUGCAUAUAGUAAAUGUAGCUAGGUUGAUUGUAUUUUGUAAAUUACUGCGUCUGUCGUUCAAACUUUCAAAGUUAUGAUUUAAAUAGUGAACUUCUUAUCAACACAUUCACCGCUGAGCUACGACCGUUCAUCAUAAAGUGGGUUUCCCGUAUGUAACGUAGCGUAGAGGUAGAUCGGCAACGUGUCGUGUGUCACCUGCAUUUUGGUGUGGGUAAUUAAUUUCAGCCGAAUAAUGAUACUUAUCAAAAUGUGCCGAAAACUUACAUUUUUUUAUCAAACAAGUCAUACGUGAGCCAAGAAAAAAUAUACUUAUCAAAGUGUGUCGCUAGUGAGUAAAAUGAUAAUUAUCAAAGUAAAAUCAACCCAUUAUUCGACCGUGACUGGUGUUCCCAUAUCGAUUUGGCUGCUAUUUGGUGUUUUUUACCACCGCUUUAAGCUUUCCUACUAAAUAUAGUUGUUUAUAUUAUGUCACAUAAUGGGAUACGAUGUCUAAUUCGCCCAGGCUGGCUUGUGGUUAUAAAAAACAUAUUUUUAUUGGAAUAAAGACAUAAUGGCGGGCCUGAAUUGCUUAAGCCUUAUGUAAACCAACAGUUUCUUACAAGAGCUAACUAUUGCUUAGAACAAGGCUUGGAACCGGUUUAUAAAAUACCGGUAAAUACCGGUUUAUUUCGGUUAUCCACCGAACUUAUAUAAGAACGCGAACGUUUUAAGAACUUUAUUGUAACCUAAAAAUAACGGUUUAUUCGACGAGCGACGUCACGGUCGGCCGGCCUGGUGGUGUUCCGCGUAAACAUAGAAUAGACACUUACCAAGAAAGAAACCGGUUUUUAUUGCUCUAAACCGGUUGAUAAACCGGUUUUUCGAGCAAACCCGAAAUUAACAGGUUUUGCACCAAAUACAUGAUAACGGUUUGGAAAUUUAACCGGUUUCCGAGCCUUGGUUUAGAAGUUGCGAUAAAAAAUAAGGUCACAAAAUUAAAUAUUUUUAAGGACACUGUCCCAUUGUGUGACUAUUUAAAGAUUUUUUUAAAUAAAUCGUUGUGCAAUGAAAUCUGUGUACACAGCUGCUCAUCUUAUAUUAUUUUGUAAAUAUCUACUCCUUUUUUAAUUAGAAAAUGUGAUGUUACAAAAUGGAAAAUAGUAAAAUAUUUGAUACGCACAAUAAUUUAAGUGUUACCGGCGCCUUUAUUUUAUCUAUAGUCGAUAAAAAAGGUAAAGUUGAUAAAAAAAUAAACAAAGUUGUGUAUAUUGCACUACUUGUAUAAAAUGUCUUUCUUUACAGAAGAUAUGGUGUUUAUAUCGAUUGCGUUUUAAAUUCGGUGUUUUGUUGGCUCUCGACAAAACUAUUGCUAAAGUAAAUAUAACAUUGUAUUAUGGUGCUUUCCCGAUCGUCUAAAAAUGUUAACAAAUUUAAGGUUGUAGCUCAAUUGUGCACUAAAUUUAUUUCAAAAUAAUUUUUAAGGUGUAGUAAGGUCGUGUUCUUCCCUCACUCUCACUGAACACGGAUAUCAUGUUUUUUUAGUAUAAUUUUUUUUGUGUUUUAAAAAUAAAAACAGCAAUCGCUGAGUUCCCUCAAGCAUAAUUUUGCUCAUUAAUAGAAAUAUUUUUUUUUGCUUUUGUGCAAAAUGCAUUAUAAUUUUUUAAAGUGCAUUUUAGGCCUUAGUUCAUGAUUUUUUUUAACUAGCAAAAGUCAAAAACUCAGGAUUCGAGUCGCUGAAGUGCGAAAAAGGCCUCAAGAAUGAUAAUUAAAUUUAUGACAUCCGUAUAGGGUAUUUGACUGUAUUUAAAAUAAAUUGUUUCACACCAUGCACGAAAUAACACCACAACAUUAAUGAAGAAACGUAGACAGCAGUUAUUUUUAGACACUAUUUAUAUUUUAUAAUUCGUAUAGAACUGUAAAAAGGUUCAUGGUUGACUGGUAGAGAAUGCGUUCUGGCAUUAAGUCCGCCAUUUGUACUCUUCAUGUAUUGUGCAAUAAAGAUUAAAUAAAUAAAUAAAAUAAAAAGUAGGUAACUUGACUGUGACGUCAUUUGCUAGUGUUUCAUAUAAAUUCCAUAGUAGCAAAUCGUUUUCUCAGUUCAAAAAGAAACUGAUUUGACUAGUAGUCAAUACCCUAUAGGGACUGUUGGAGGGUCUGCCAUCUUGUGGUUUGAAUCGGAACCAUAAACAUGCACAUUUACACGUCAAGUGUUUUCUUGUGCAUAGUAGGUUCUGCCAUCUUGUGGGCUACAUCGGAACAAUAAACAUCACAUUUACGCUUCGCGUCAAAAAUCUGACAGCUCCUGUGCUGCCUCCUACAGUUCAUGCACGCUCCCUAUUGUAAUCCAAAAAGCGCGACGCCUUUUUAAAACCCUUUGUCUGAACCUACUGCAUCUUAAAACUAUAAGUGUAAAUAAUUGAGAAGUUAGUGUAAAAUAUACCAUAUUUACCGAGUUAAAGUUGAAUUAAUGUUGGCGGUCGGAAUAUUGGUGCUAGCGCAGUGUCAAAGGGCGCGAGCCCGUAGUUAGGCCUUGUUGUGUUGUGAAUACUCAUCAUGUUGCAAUUGUAAGAGUUGAGCAGAAAUAAAUGUCUAUUUUACUAUUUUCA